AGCUUCAGCUGAAGUGGAACAUCCAUUAUAAAUGCUUCAUUCAAACAUCAUUUUACGGAAGCUUCCAAAAUGAAUUUUGAUCGGGCUCCUGUGCGGUCCAAGAAAGAGGUAAGUGAAAAUCCAUCAUCAGUUAUCACUUCCGAAGGCUACACUGAAAACAUUAGUCUGUUUUGAACCUUCCAGCCUGAUUACUGUGUGUGUGUGUGUGUUUGCUAUCUGCACAUCCAAAAUCCUCAUCAUAUCACAUUAGUGUAACGUCGGCCUGGAAGAUUCUUUUCGACUUGUAUUUGUUUAUUUAAUGAGUAUUCUUUUGUUCGAACACAAAUAAAACACAGGUAAAAAAGAGAAAUGUAGGCUAAAAUCUGUAUGUGACACCAAUUCUUAGUAAAGCACCCUUUAAACGUUUUAAGCAAUGGUUUAUUGCUGGUUAAAAAUUAUUUUACAUGCUUUGUAGAUGCAGUGAAGUCAUUUAAUAGGAACAUGUUUAGGGGUUGGUCACUUAGUUGGAAGGUUGUGAAGAAAAGCCCAUUUGGUCACUGUUUGUCUUGUAGUAAUCCUGCUUUCUCACACUUCAAUCAUGUCUUCACUUAUAAAUAUUUAACAAGUGGCUAAUAAGUUGUGCAGGUGUUAUGCAAACAAAGUCCUGCUAGAGGUGGAAAACACCAGCAACAACCCAACAACCCAAACGUUGUUCUUAUUAGUGGCGUAUAUGGGAUGUAUGAAGCAUCACUAAAUGAUUCAGUAACAAUUCAAAUUCACAAACCCAUAAUAAAGCCUUGAAGUGGUACUACUUUCUCCACCCUGCGGUGUGUGUUACCGUGCCCUUCAUAACCUAAACCUCACUGUGUGUGUUCUCUAAGUGAGUGUCCAGGCUGUAGCUGCUGCACAUGUUCACAUCACCUCACUGCCUGCUCUUCUAAAGUUUGAAACAUAGGGGGAGUCAACACAUCUGAUAUGGGACACGUUGUGCUGACAAAUGCAUAAGGCAUAUGAUAGCUACAUGAAGUCUAGCAGUCUGUGCCUUUUUAUAUCUUUAUCCAACAUUUAUACAUCAUGAUAUUUUCGGGACAUUUAAGGAUUGAACACUGUCAAAAAAAGAUGUGCAGAUAUGCAAGACGUCUCAGCUAUAGGCAGACUCAGUGGACAUACCUGUCAGCUCGCUUCAUCCUCCUCCUCCUCCGGACCUCCACUGAAUUACUUUGCAUCCAAAGUUGCUUUAUUUAUUUUAUGCAUUUUGAGGACAAACAGGCAUUUCUGGCACUUCUGGCUUUGCAAAGCUCCAGUCUUUCAGAGAAACAAACCCGUGCUGGAUCUCGCAAUUCGAAGCAGUUAAAAUGCCGUGAAAUCCCGAUAAGCACGGAAUAACGUGGCCGAUUCCCUCCAGCCCGAGGUGACUUUAUGACAACAGAUCAGCUGUUUUAUUCCCAUGAUAAACUCAUCCUCGCGUCAAGUUUGCUGCUGCUUUAAGUGAGGGACAGUCGACAGGCAGUCGGCCAACUGGACGACACUUUGAGCAAAAUGACCAAAGAAUUUAUGGAUGAGUAUCAACCUCUGCUCGUUAAAGAAAUCAAAGACACAAAGUGGAUUAAGUUUCCGAACAAAUCUCUUCUGCUGGCUGCGUGUGCCGCCUGUAUAGGAGGAACCUUUCAGUAUGGAUAUAAUGUAUCAGUCAUCAAUGCACCCACAACGUAUGUGCACGAUUUCAUCAACCAGACCUGGAGGGAGCGUUACCAGACAGACAUAUCGGAAAAUGUUCUCACCCUGCUGUGGUCCACCAUCGUGUCUACGUUCACCAUAGGAGGAUUUAUAGGAGCAACAGUCGGUGGGACGUUAUCUGUGAAGCUGGGGAGGAAAGGCGCACUGUUGACCAAUAAUAUUUUUGCAUUAAUGGCUGCUCUGCUGUUGGGUCUGAGUUACCCAACUGGAUUAUAUGAAUUGCUUAUCGUUGGACGUCUUUUCACUGGAAUAAAUGCAGGCAUCGGGAUUUGUGUUCAGCCUCUGUAUUUGGGGGAAAUCGCUCCAACUGCACUUCGUGGUGCCAUGGGGACGGGGACUUCUAUUUUCAUCACCACUGGCAUCUUGACUGGACAAGUGAUUGGCCUCAAUGAGCUCCUGGGCAAAGAGGAGUACUGGCCCAUUCUGCUGUCCACCACAUGCAUCCCAGCCUUCCUGCAGCUCCUCAUCCUCCCCUGGUUCCCAGAGAGUCCACGUUACCUCCUCAUCGACAGAGGAGACGAUGAGGGAUGCAAGAAAGCCCUGAAACAACUGCACGGCGAUAACUGUGAAUACGAAUGGGAGGAUAUCGAGAAGGAGAAGAAUAAUUUAGUGGGUUUCCAGGCCAAGAAACCCUGGGAGCUCUUAGGUGAUCGCAGCAUCCGCUGGCAGCUUCUGACGAUCGUUCUGCUCAACGCUGCGCAACAGCUGAACGGCAUCAAUGCUAUAUACUUCUAUGCAAAUUACUUGUUCAAGCAAUCUGGUAUUCCCUCUGAUAAAAUACCAUAUGUGACCAUUGGCACUGGUGGCUGCGAAUGCAUCACGGCUUUAACCUGUGGUAUGCUCAUUGAAUGUCUGGGGAGGAAGGCACUCAUCAUGGGAGGAUACACUCUGAUGAGCAUCUGCUGCGUUUUAUUCACACUGACGCUCACUUUUCAGGAUGCCAGCCCUGCAAUUCCAUACUUGAGCAUGGCGUGUGUGUUUGCUUUCAUCCUAAGUUUUGGCUUAGGACCAGGCGGCGUGACCAACAUCUUGACCACUGAACUAUUCACUCAAAGCUCCCGCCCUGCAGCUUACAUGAUCGCGGGGUCAGUGAACUGGCUCUGCUUCUUCUUUAUUGGCCUGGUCUUCCCUUUUAUUGUGAUUGGGCUGCAGCAUUACUGUUUCCUGGUGUUCUUGGCCAUCUGCUUCUCAGUGGCAGCAUACAUUUUCUUUGUCAUACCUGAGACUAAGAACAAAACCUUCCUCGAAAUCCAGAAUGACUUCCGGUCCUCCAACAACAAGAAGGCCUGCAGUGUUGAUGGAUCAGGGACAACACUGCUGUCAACCUCGAUAUGAAAUGCAAACUGUGACUCAGGGGUCGAGCAUGUAAAGCUUUCUAAUAUUUAUGCUACAAAUGAAAUGAAUACCUGACAUAAGAAUUUAUAGUCAGGACACAGUAAAAAUGUGGCAUAAUAAUAAAUGAAAAUGUAAACUAUGGUGCUUUGCUUACACUCCAGAGUUGUACUUAUACUUAUAAUCUCAUUAGUUUACCUACAAACACAACUUGAAAUUAUCUCUUUUUAUCCCAAUAUUUUGGUAUAAACAUUAUUGGUUUGUACAAAUUCUCAUUUUUCAAUAAA